AUGGCAAGUGUCAUGUCUAAUAAUAACAGUAACAACAAUAGCAGUUAUAUGUUUACGAACCCCUUGUCCAGCACAGGAGGUGGUCUCAUAAAUGAAAUAAAAGACGCAAUAAAUGAGAUGGAACAAUUGAAGGUGGUGGAAUUGAAGCAAAUAUGCAAAUCUUUGGAUUUAUCGAUAACAGGCAAAAAAGCUGUCUUGCAAGAUCGAAUAAAGCAGUUUCUGAGAAAAUCCUGUGAUAUUGGUCAUAUAGAUCCGUGGAGGCCUAAAGCAAUAAAGAUCCUUAUUGCAAAAGUUAAGAUAAACUCAUCGUUACCCAAAUAUUCUAACCUUUGGGAAGCUUUAAAGACGGGAGCGUUCAAACAUCCUGUAGCAUCUGGACAACUACCUGUGACUGCUCUUCAGAGUGCUACGUUACCACCCAUUUCCCUACAGCAGGUUUUAUCAUAUACCUUUACGUCACCGUUUUACAAAACCAUAGCACAAAUACCGGAUGCUAAUAAGAAACUGAAGCAAUUCGUAGGAAGAGGAUGUACAAAAAUGAAGUUCAAGGUUAGCAAAUCUAAUCAUGAACUUUUAAAAUCUAACAAGAGUUACAAACUGUAUUUGUUUUCCGGAUAUUCAAUACCAUUAGUAUAUGAGACUGUUGGCAAUGAGGCAGUAGAUUUUCCAUAUCCCUGCGAACUAGUAUUUAAUGGAAAUAAGCUAGAGGAUAACGUGAAAGGUUUAAAGAAUCAGAAUGGGACAGGCAGUCCUGCAAACUUAACACCUUUCCUCAGAUCACCACCGGAGGUAAAUCAAUUAGACUUACAUUAUCUUAACAUCGAUAAAGAAUAUUCUAUAAGUUGUUUUAUAGUGGAAACUUUCUCACCUGAAAUUCUUUUGGAAAAAAUUCUGAACAGGCCCAAAAUCGUUAAGCAGGCCACAAUAGCAUACAUCAAAAGAACCUUGAACGAACAGGAUGAUGAUGAUAUUAUCACCACUUCCACAGUGUUGACUUUGCAAUGCCCUAUAUCGUGUACAAGAAUGAAGUAUCCGGCGAAAACGGAAGAAUGCAAGCAUAUCCAAUGUUUUGAUGCACUCUGGUUUCUUCAUUCUCAAUCUCAAGUUCCUACAUGGCAGUGUCCAAUUUGUCAACGCUCUAUAAAUUUCAAUCAGUUAAAAAUCUCGGAAUUUGUUAACAGCAUUAUCCAGAAUUGCAAAGAAGAUAUUGAACAAGUCGAGAUAUCUGUUGAUGGUUCAUGGAAACCGGUUCAUGAUAGUUCCGCAGUUAUCACGAAUGAUGUCAAUCAGAAUAACAAUGUAAAAAGCGAGAUGCUGGAGUCUGUUAAACAAGAACAAGAUUAUGAUAGUAGGAACGUGUUCAAUGCCAAUAUGAAUAAUUGUUCGAACCACAACGAACCUGAAAUAAUAUCUCUGGAUAGCUCAGACGAUGAGGCCAUUGUUCCGGCUGGCAGGAACUGCUCAAGGUAUGCGUAUCCUUCUAGUGAUCAAUUAAGGGCAGAUAUAUUUCCCUCGGAAUCAGAAGGAUCUAGUGGCUACAAUCCUAAUCAUACUUCAACACCCAAAGGUUCUCCUUCUAUCGACCCAAACCAAUAUCAAGAUGUUUUUCAGAUGAAAUCAUUCUUAAACCAAAGUAUGAAUACGAAUAUGAAUGAUACACCUACAAACAAUAGCAGUAUUAAUUCGUUCGUGACGGCGACAAACGGUGACAGCAGGAUUUUCUACAAUAGAGGGCCCUCAACGCCACUAUUGCCGACUGUUUUACAAAACUUAACUAAUCAAACAGAAGCGCAGAGGAGUUUUUACGGAUCCAACCACAAUACUACAGGGCAUGAUAGUAAUCUUCUGGGAAUACCAGGUACUUUGCCUGUAAUCCCCCCUGUAGAACAAAAUUCGGAGGCAGAAACGGAACUACCGACAAGAACUACAUCAGCGACACAACCCCCUCCAUACAUACAUGUGAGUGCCACCGGACAUGCUGAUGAUGGAAGAAGUAGGAAAAGAAGGCAUUCUAAUGUUUCCAUUUACAUUCCAAAGAAUCCGUAUGCCACCCUUAUGAAACGGAGACCACAAGCAAAUCAUGCCGUAAUGAAUAAAUCACAGGCACAAACUAAUGACUUUAAUGCAUCGACUCAAGAUAACUCAGAAGUGGUUGACUUAACAUCAGAUUAA